UUCGGUGAGGGAGGCGGGUGUCUGGGGUUGUCUGGGGGAGUUGGUGGUUGGGUUUCUUUUGAUUCUUUUCGUUUCUUCUUUGCUUCUCAAGUAAAGUUAAAUAGAGUUAUAUGGGACGUUUGAUGUUUUCAACAAGUUCACUGGUGACAAUAUGUGAUUCUUUGUGGCCAUUGGUCGGGGUUGGGGUAGGGCAGGGCCGUCCCUCCUGCCACUGCAGCAAGCGGAUGGUGCGACCGGAACUGCAUCACACUGUAAGAGGUACCGGUACCAGUAACUUCGGAAUCGCUGGACUCAGGCUUGUACCGCGUCAGUGGGAAAGGACCCUUCCAUUCCAGGUGCCCAAGUCAUCAAGGAACUUGAUCUUCUUCCUGCUCUCGAAGACUGUCUGCAUGAGAUCGAGAAGUUUCUUUUCGAAUUUGCUGUUCAGGUUGUCCUUGGCUUCGGUCUUGACCUUGUUGCCCUUGUCUUCGAUAGCCUUCUUUUCCCUCCAGGUCGCACUAUUUGGGUUCGCGUCUUCCAGACGUCAGGGACUUCCGAUCCGUCGAACAGAUAGUUGGGCUCCGUUGCUGCCGUGUGUUCCUUGGUCGCUUUCGUUAUGUCCUCAGUCAUGGCGAUAUACCGCAAAGGACUGCGAAUCCUGGAAUCCACGGGAUUUUCCUGGUAUUUUGCUGGCACUCUGCCCAUGUUUCGCCCUCCUUGCACCAAUCUUUGAUGUUCACAACAGCGCCGGAGAUGUUUUUGUAUACGGGAUUGUCGCUGUGCUUCUUUCCCCUUGGAAGCGUUCCUGAUCGGACACAGGCGGGUUCCCGUCCCUCAAGCCUGGUGCCUCGUAGCGCUGUGUUCACUGCAAAAGUUAAUUAUUCUCUUUACCAUCGGGCUGGAGCGUCAAAGUGAUGCUCAAUCUUGCCC